AUGGCUCCCAAGGUUCUCGUCGUUCUUACCAGCCAGUCCAAGAUGAACAAUGGCAACCCCACCGGCUGGUACUUGCCCGAACUCGCUCACCCCUACUAUGACCUCGUCAACGCCGGCGUCGAGAUCACCGUUGCUUCUCCCGCUGGCGGUGAAGCUCCCCUCGACCAGGGCUCCGUUCAGAUGUUCAAGGAGGAUGAGGAGUCAGUAAAGUUCCUCAACGAGAAGAAGCAGGUCUGGGAGCAGACAACCCCUCUCAAGGAGUUCCUCGGCAAGUCUUCCGAGUUUGACGCCAUCUUCUACCCUGGUGGUCACGGCCCCAUGUUCGAUCUCGUCAACGACGAGACGUCUAUCAAGCUUAUCGAGGAGUUUUACAAGGCUGGCAAGCCCGUCGCUUCCGUCUGCCACGGUCCUAUUGUCUUCACCCAGGUCAAGAUUGACGGAAAGCCUCUGCUCGAGGGCCGAGAGGCUACUGGCUUCAGCAACUCUGAGGAGGAUGCUGUUGGCCUGACCAGCGCCAUGCCUGUUCUCCUCGAGGAUGAGAUCAAGCGUGUUGGUGGGAAGUACGUCAAGGCUGACGACUGGGCCGAGAAGCUGGUUGUUGAUGGACAACUCAUCACUGGCCAGAACCCUGCUUCUGCACACGUUGUCGGCAAGGCCAUUCUCAAGGCCAUCGGCGCUUAA